AUGUUAGUUCGUAAAAAUACGUUAAAAGAUACAGAUCAAAAUUAAAAAUCUCAGUUAAGCUUUUAGUAAAUUUUGAGCAAAAAAUUCCAAAACAUACAAAAUCUUUGCUAAAUAUUUUCGGUACAAAAAAAAGUGAAAAAAGUUUCCAUCUACAAAGAAAAAUGCCCAACAACUCACGAGUGCAAUAUUUUCCGAGCGGCCUGAACAUCCGCACCUGCGAGCGGUAUCCGCAUCAGAGGCACACGGAGUUCUACCGCACACCCGAACCGCGCCCCUCGUCCCAGGGCCAGAAGGCGGAACAUGACGCAGAACGAUUGAAUCGUCCACCCGGUCCUGAGGCACCCGUACGGGGUCCCCGUAUCCAGCCAGCGCGAACCUCGGAAACACGAGCCUUUCGCAAUGUCUAUUUUUCCUAGUGCGGCGAAUGGGACAUCCACCUGGCACAUCCACCUGAUGCUUGAACAAAUGAUUAGUCUUUUUGUAACAUUCUUUGGAAAUAAAGCUUAAAAAAGGAUUGUU